AUGCCUUUGCCAAAGCAAGUUCGAUUGGGCGGUUCUGGGUUGAAGAUAUCGCCGAUAUUGGUGGGAUGUAUGUCGUAUGGUUCAAAGAAGUGGGCAGACUGGAUCAUUGAAGAUAAAGAGAAAGUGUUCGAGUUAUUAAAGCAUUGUUACGACAAUGGGUUACGGACAUUUGACACUGCAGAUGUGUACAGUAACGGCAUGAGCGAGCGGCUGGUGGGCGAAUUUUUGCGGCGCUAUAAGAUAAACAGGGAAACUGUUGUGAUCUUGACCAAGGUAUUUUUCCCCGUCGAUGAAAGCUUAGAUUUGUUUCAUGGCCAAUCUGCCGGCGAAUCAACAGCGCUAGCACUCACGAAUCAAAGGGGACUAUCUCGAAAGCAUAUCUUAGAUGCGGCUGCCAAUUCUGUGGAAAGAUUAGGCACUUACAUUGAUGUUUUGCAAAUUCACAGAGUGGAUCCUGAAACCUCUAUGGAAGAAACGAUGAGGGCUCUUAACUCCGUUGUCGAGAAGGGUCAUACUCGGUACAUCGGGGCUUCAUCAAUGCUUGCUACCGAGUUUGCUGAAAUGCAGUUCAUCGCCGAAAAACACGGCUGGUUCAAAUUCAUCAGCUCACAGUCUUGCUAUAACUUGCUUUACAGGGAAGAUGAAAGAGAAUUAAUUCCUUUUGCCAAGAGGCAUAAUGUGGGCAUGAUUCCUUGGUCUCCUAACGCUAGAGGUGUUUUAACGAGACCUUAUGGUACACAAACACAUCGGUCAGGCACAGAUAGCGGUUUGCAGAGAAUCAACGUCGUAGAGCUGCCUGAAAAUGAGCAAGUAAUUCUUAAUCGGGUGGAAGAGUUGGCAAAUAAAAAAGGAGUCAGCAUGGCUGCUAUUUCAACGGCAUGGGUACUGAGUAAAGGCUUUUAUCCAAUUGUAGGACUAAAUUCUAUUGAAAGGAUUGAUGAUGCUCUGAAAGCUAUUGAUACGCAGCUUACUGCAGAAGAGGUACUUUACCUGGAAGAGCAUUACAAACCUAAGGCGUAUGUAGCCUAA